AUGUCAUCAUUUGAUGGAAAGCUACAAAUUGCUCAAAUAGAACUUGAUUUAUGCAGCAAAAAACCAUUACCCGAUCAUUUUAUAGUUCCGUUUUAUACAUUUGCAAUCCCAAGUGAAUGCCCGUUCAGGAAAAAUGCAACCAUUUGUCGCAAAGGCACAGACGUAACAGUUUUACCGAAAGUUUUUAAAAGACUUUUACCACUUUUUGCGGAAAAUAAGUCAACCAAAAUGCGAAUAGAAAUUCAUCAUGACACAGGAAUAUCAUGUUUUGAGAUUGAAGGUAAACUUACAAGAAGUUUGAAGGGCAAUUGA